UUGCUAACUUCAAUAGCGGUGAGCCGAGUCGCUCCCACGGUUGUCGCCAUGUCAGCCAGGAAGACGUCACGCUCAAAGCCAAACGAUGGGGAUAAAUAUUCGGUGUUGUUGCCCACCUAUAACGAAAGGGAAAAUCUCCCUUUGAUUGUGUGGCUUUUGGUGAAAUAUUUCGAUGAAAGUGGUUACAAAUACGAGAUUAUCGUCAUUGACGACGGAAGCCCCGACGGGACACUGGAAGUGGCGGAACAACUCCAAAAAAUAUAUGGCGAGGAUAAAAUACUUCUUCGGCCACGAGCAUCGAAGUUAGGCCUGGGCACCGCUUAUAUCCACGGCAUGAAGCACGCCUCGGGAAAUUUUAUCUUCAUAAUGGAUGCUGAUCUCUCCCAUCACCCCAAAUUCAUCAAAGAAUUCAUUGCGAAGCAGAAGGAAGGCGAUUACGAUUUAGUGUCGGGUACUCGAUACAGAGGCAAUGGAGGUGUCUAUGGAUGGGACCUGCGCAGGAAACUCAUCAGCCGGGGUGCUAAUUUUUUGACGCAAGUGCUGUUGAGGCCCGGUGCUUCAGACCUCACGGGAAGCUUCAGAUUGUAUAAGAAGAAAGUCCUUGAGUGUCUGGUUGAGCGCUGUGUGUCCAAAGGAUAUGUCUUUCAAAUGGAGAUGAUUGUCCGAGCCAGACAGCUCAACUACACUGUUGGAGAGGUUCCCAUCACCUUUGUGGAUCGAGUCUAUGGCGAGUCCAAACUGGGAGGGAAUGAAAUUGUGUCAUUUGUGAAAGGCCUUCUCACGCUUUUCGUCACGACAUGAUCACUUCAUAUGUGCAAUACUGGGUAUCCAUGACCUGCCAGAGUUGUACAUGUAGGACUUUUUACAAUAUUAACUGGCCCCUGAUAUGUGAUGAAAAGGUUUCCCCACCCUUGGUUGAAGCAGUGACUGCAAAUGAUGAGGUUGUACAUUCCCAUCCUCCUCCUCCUCAUUCGACUUUGCACAAAGUGUAUAUAAUGUCUCCUCAUUCCUAAGGCACACAACUUUAGCCAAAAGUAAUGCUGGAUGUCAGAUUGGAUACGCCAUGAACGAUUUGAGCAAAAAAAAAACAAUUACUGGAUUGUUCAAUAGCAAUGAUUUCGAAAUACAAGGAUUCCUAGAGACACAA